GACCCAUUUACCCCAGUACUUUCGCAGAGGAGUGAAAGAGUACUUUGCUCCCUCUUUAAAAUCCCGUUUUGUCGUAUGAUUCAUUAAUAAAUAAUACUUCUUUGGUGUCAUGGCGGAAUCUGCAGUUUGUCCCGCAUUUCAGCUAGGAAAAUCGCAAUACAACCAGAAAACUUUUUCUGGGCGACUGAGACACUUUCUGGACGUGAUCGAUCCUCGGACUCUGUUUGUGUCUGAGAUUCGUCUGAAGGAGUGCAUGAAACUGCUGGAUGACUUUAAACACGGCAGUCUCCCACCCGGAGUGUCAGAUGAGCAGCUCUGGGAAGCUCAGAAGAUAAAGCAGGCCAUCAUCCACCCCGACACUGGGGAGAAGAUCUUCAUGCCGUUUCGGAUGUCAGGUUAUGUGCCUUUUGGAACGCCAAUAGUAAGCUUGAACUGCAUUGUUGUCCGAAUGCUGUUGAUAUGCUUUUUCCAUAUGCUAGUAGCCAGUCGGUGUCUUGGCCCUAGUGACAUCACUUCCUCUUUUGGUUUCCUGCAGGUUGUGGGUCUGCUCCUGCCAAACCAGACACUCGGGUCCACGGUCUUCUGGCAGUGGUUAAACCAGAGUCACAACGCUUGCGUGAACUACUCUAACAGGAAUGCCACUAAGCCCACUCCAGCUUCCAAGUUUCUCCAAGGCUAUAUAGGUGCAGUAACCAGUGCUGUCUCCAUUGCGGUGGGUCUGAACAUGCUGAUUGAGAGAGCUGCCAGGUUCAGCCCAGCCACACGAGUGAUGGUCCAGCGUCUGGUCCCCUUUCCAGCUGUGGCCAGUGCUAAUAUCUGCAACGUGGGGCUGAUGAGGCACACCGAGCUGAAGGAGGGCAUAGACGUGUUGGACAGCAGCGGCAACGUGGUGGGGACAUCCAGGAUCGCAGCCAAGCACGCAUUAAUGGAGACAGCCCUGACGCGAGUGGUCCUCCCUAUGCCAAUCCUGGUGUUCCCACCCAUCAUAAUGGCCUUCUUGGAGAAGCUUCCUCUCCUUCAGACCCAUAAGCGGCUGGUGCUCCCCGUCCACAGCUUGGUGUGUCUUGCUGCUUUCGGCCUGGCCCUGCCUCUAGCCAUCAGCCUCUUCCCCCAGAUGUCCCAGAUUGAGGUGUCCCAACUGGAGCCUGAGAUUGCCAUGGCGACGGACUGCAAGGUGGUGACCUACAACAAGGGCCUGUAGCCAGUGGAGAAAGAAGGGGAAAAAGAAGAGAUGGAACAAAGACGCGUUCCUUUGUUGUCUGCACCUCUCCAGUAUUAGCCAGUUAGCCUCCAUCGGGUUCAGGUACUUAGAGUGUAAAGCCUUUUAAACGGAGACGCGGACUAACACAGCUGGCCGUACAUUAGUACGCUUAUUUCAUGCAGCACUGAGCAGUGAGAGUUUAUUCAGAGCAGGGAGGCGAUACAUGGAAUUCUUUGGGCUUUCUUAGGUUGACACUGGGAUGCAUCACAAACUAGAAUGGAAAUCAGGUGAGUGGGUGGGGUUGAAUAUCCAAUAUGGCCUCCAACAGGUCUAUAACACGAGGAAGCCAAUUAACAUAUCAACCCCCUUAUUGGUUCGAAAAUUUGUGUAGGGAGUUUAGAGACGUCCUGUUGAGAGAUGGUUAACAUACUGCUGUUUCUUGGUGGAUUUCCCUCAUGUCCAUACCCAACAUGGAAAACCUCACCCAGAAGUCAAAGUUGCACCUUUACAGACAGCUAUGCAAGAAGGAACGCAGCUGCAGGGUCAGGUGGGUAUCCUGAAACGGUGGCAGUCUGUGCUAAAACAAGAAGCCAGCGUAGCAAUACCUUCUGCGAUGGAGCUUAGACUCAGGCUUCCAGCUUUAAGUUCAACCUCUUCAGCCUGCUCCAGUAGCUCCUUCCUGAUUGUGUCCACCACUGCCUGGUAUCUCUCUCUCUAACCAGUGUUCAGGUAAAAUUAUACACACUAAUGCACUUUAAAAGUCUAAAGAUCAAUGACUGGAACUUACACACUGAGAAGAUCCUUACUUUUUAAGUACAUAUUUUCUAUAAUGUAUUCCCUUAUUCAGAAAUGCUGAACAGUCCAGGGUAGCAAUUAUGGGAUAACCUCACACUAACCAGGUCGAAAUGGGUCUUUCUCAGUUGAUUCAUUAACCAUUAUUAGGAUCAGCUAGUUGGGCAGGUAAAGUUUUUCUGCACUAAUCGAUUUGUCCAGCUAGGCAAUUUGUGUCUCUGUUCAAAAUUCUUUCUUUUAAGAUCUGCAAAUCACUAUUCGUGGGUAGUAUGGUUUGUUUCUGUAAACAGUCUUUAAUUUUGUAUGGUAAAAGAAAGCAUGCUAUAACCACGUAGCAUUACAGUUCUCAAGCUUGUGGUUCUUUUAAUUCGCCUUCUUACCGUGAUCAUUGUUGACGCUUCGUGAUACUUAGAGGUGAGGAGUGACAAACAGGGUAAGAGACUUUGUGCCAGACUUAAGUUUUCUGUUUUGCUCACACAUCGCAGUGGAUUAAUUUAGUAUCCAUGGACACAGAGAAAGGGCAGAACAUGAAAUGGAUACUCUGCUUUAUUGUGCAUAACAUAUUGUGUUUCAUUCACAAAUACUGAACUUGUUAUGCAGUGAUACAUACCAAAUAACUGUUAAUGAUAUUUUGCUCUAAUCUUAUCAUAGCAGUUAACUUCUUUUUAAUGACUUUGUUUAACUGAUUUUUUUUCUGGUGGCUAAAAACUGAGGAAAACUGCAUCUGGCUUUAACCACUGUCUUAAAAUGUACUAAUGUGAAGCAAUAUAUUUGUACACCAAUCCUUUGUGUCUGUGCGUCCAUCCACUUUCCUGUUGUUUACCCUGGCAAGGGUCAUGGAUCUUUGUCUGUAUCUUUUAUAUUUUCAGUUGUUUAUUAAAUCUGAAAGGUUUACAUAA